CCUCAUUUGUUUUCCUUUUUCCCCCUCAACUCCUCUUUAUCAUCGGGAUAAGUGAGUUUGGAGCUAGCCACUCGGCUAAUUUUUAAAAUCUCUUUCUUUCACAUCGCAUAAACGAGUCUUUUUGUUGCGCUGUUUAUUUUCCGUGGAAAUUGCGCUUUUGGUCCGCAGCUAGCAUCGAGGAUAAAGCUUGGUGACUUAUUGUUCUGAAACCUCGCUUUGCCAUCACCAGCUCCUCCAGCCAGGUGAGCGAGAUGACCAGCCGCGGUUUAAGGUGUGUCGUCAAUAAAUUUCCGCAUAAAAUGUUGUAUGUGGCAUGUUUGCCAACUUCCGUAGAAAAUUAAAGGAAGAAGAAAACAAAGUGCCAGAAGCAUUGCCACAGAUGUAGUCGCUCGACAGACUGAGGCAGCAGUCAUGUCCAUUGAAUACACCAUUGAUAUCCAGCUAACAGAGCUGGGAUUUCCGGACGUCCUGCAGUCACAGGAGACCUCGGUGAGAGAAACACCCUGUCGCUCCACAUCAUCUGAAGACUCGUUCUCACCCCGUUUCUGCUCCACCUCCCAUUCAAGCACACACAAACAAAGACUACUGUCAGCAGAUGGCGAAGAAGCAGGUGCAGCAAGACAGACCCCAGACAUUCAGCAAACCACGGUGUUUUCUGCCACAGCUCCGUCCGAGACAGCGCUCUGUGAAAGGCUAACUCCUGCACAGAGUCUGCAAGAUAAACAAGCGACCAAAGGCACUGCACCUCUCGAACCCACAGCAGAUGAUCCCGCUGCUGGACAGGAGACUACAGACAGUUCCCAGCUAGUAAUUGAAGAGGAAGAAAACGGACAGAAUGGUGGCUUUGACAGAAACACUGCACAAGACUGUUCCACAGAGCUGCAGCACGAUGUGGAGGAUGACUCAGAUGACAGUGAAGUUUCUAAUGUGUAUGAGGAAGAAGAACUCGAUGAUGAAGAGGAUUAUGAGGAAGAAGAAGAGCUAAACAAUGAGUCGAAUCAUUCAGGCGACUACCGCUGCAGCGUCUGUGAUCUCCAGCUUCCCUCCAAAUUCAAACUUCAGGACCAUAUGAACUUGCACACUGGAGCACGCCCAUAUUGCUGUGCUGAAUGUGGGAAGCGCUUCUGCCAGAUUUACAACUACCGUGUCCACCUGCGCACACACGCCCAGACCAAAGUGGAUCGUCUCCGGUGCCGCAUCUGUCUGAUGGGCUUUGCGUCGCAGGAGGAUCUGAAGGACCACCUGUCGAAAACUCACUUUGAGGAUGAGUUUUACGAGUGUGACCUGUGCAAACGCGUGUUUACUUCCUUGAAGGCGUGUGAAUAUCACGUGCAGUCACAUAAAUGUAUGCUGGAUGUUGUGUGUGAAAUAUGCGGCCGCAAUUUCUCCUCUCCGAAAUCCCUCGCACGUCACCGGAGGAGAACAUGCCACCGCAGUUUUAAAUGCACAGACUGCACAAAGACCUUUACCAAGAAGAACGCUCUCCUGAAACACAGCUUCUCCCAUCUUGGUUUGUUGCCUUACACCUGUAUACGAUGCCGCUGCCACUUCCGCCUGGCAAGACUGUACCGCCAACACAAAUGUGAACCUGAACGCAUUCACUGUGUGGCAUGUCUCAGAGAGUUUCUCAGUCAGGAGGACUUCCAGCAGCACAAAAAGGACACAGGCUGCUGGGGCAACCAGGAGCCUAAAGGGGACGAAAUCAGAUGCUUGGAAUGCGGAGAGAGGUUUGACACUCCAGAGGAGCUGAAGAAACAUGCCGGGGCUCACCAGAGGGUGCUGAAAUGUGCUGAAUGCGGGAAGGGGUUCCGGUCGGCCUUGCUGUUAAUGUCCCACAUGGGUGGUCAUGCCGGCAAGUCGCCCUGCCUUUGUCAGAGCUGCGGACUGGGCUUUCCCCACCAGCAGAACUAUGACAGUCACCUCAAGACCUGUGGACAAACACCGCAGCCUGUGAGUGCUCCCAAGAAACGUCAGGCCUCAAAGAGCCAUUCGUCUGAGGCAAAAAAGCUUAAUGCAAAACAGGACUCAUCAAGUCCAGCAAACACAGUCACUAUGCCUGCUGUUGUUUCAAACACCACUGCUGCACCUGUCAAAGACUCUGUUAAUCCCAGACUUGUGACAGGGGAUGCAUCCACUGGCUCUGGUUCAUCAGAGGGGUUAUGGAAGCUAACCCUUGACAAGGAGCCGCCUCCUGGUGUUAAACUUGUUGUGUUUCUUCCAGUCUGUCCAACUCAAACCAAUAGCCUGCCCCUGCCAUCUGCAGUCCCUCAGACACUGCCAGUUCCAGCUAUGCAGGUCCAGCCUCAAGCCACGGGACACCUUGGAGUGAACGCUGCUCUUGGAGUGCUGCUAAACACCCCUCUGGAUUUGGUAACGGGGAUUAAACAGGAUCCAGAUUGUGAAGCACCUUUGGAUUUGUCGAAAAAGUGUAACUCCUCUAAGUCUGCUUCGAGCGACAUUCCUCUUCACUCCAUUAAAAAUGAGCCAGAAGAAUUUGAAAUCUCAGGAGAGGCUAACGGCACCGAAAAAGAAGCGAUCGUCAAAACAAAUCCAGAAGAGGCAGAUACAUAUAGUGAAAUGAAGCAGUUAAAAAUAGAUCCCAUGGAUCUCUCCUCUCGUAAUACAUCCUCUGGACCAAUAAUGGAAAUUAAGAAAGAGCCUCAGUCUCCUGGCUCCGAUUCUGAUCUUUGGUCAUCCAGAUCCUGCCAGCUGAGGCCAGAGAAAGAAAUUAAGAUGGAGGUUGACGUUCCACACCCUGUCUGUGCUGACAAGGAGAAAUGAAAUACAGGGAGGGCAGAAAAAAAAGAGAAUAAAUCUUAUUCUGUGGUCACACUUUCUACCCUGCACAAGACACAGCUACUAUUUUGCUAUGCCUGUAGUCACAUUAAUAUGGUUAAAUGACAAGGCUGAUUUUUCCUUCAACUUUUUUUUCCAUAAGUAUGAAUAGACUGUCUCUCUAUCAGCUGACUGUGUGACUUUUGUUUUAACAGAAGAAAAAGUUUUGAUUCUUCUGUAACAAAACAUUCCAGGCUCCAUUUGUUUCUUUUGCUUUUUGGGUAAGGCUUGUGGCUUGGGCCACGAGAACUAAAUGGUACUCUAAUAAUUAUUAAAUCUGUGCGAUAUUGUGCAGGAUUUCUCAGAGGAUUCAAAAAAUAUUCCACAUUUCUACCUACCUUUGUGUACUUGUUUUCGUGUGGGGAAAUUGGGUUCUUAGAUUUAUUGAUGUGUAUUAAGUUAAAUGAAAACACUGGAUUACCUAGUAUUCAGCUGAAAACUCAAAAUGAUGUGGUUUUUUUUUGUGUAUAGACACUUGACCUUUAGUACUAUGCUAAAUAUUUUAUCAAUGCAAACAAUAGGUAAAAUACCGAUCAAUAAUAUGACAAUGUCAAUUUGUGAUUUACAUUGCUGAAUCUUUAUGGUUUGCAGGUAUCUUUGGAUGUUUUUCUAAAGGCAAAUAAACAUUUGUCAUUGAUGCA